AUGGCGAUACAGGAAGACUGGCGUAAACGCUCCUCAGGUCCGAUAGGUAUCGCACCCGAUAAGGACAUCUUGGUUGCCUAUUCCGCCCUAUCAGGUCAUUACCAGAUACCCCGCACUGGCUGCAGUGCGACGCACAGUUGGCCGGGCUUCCGUUUUGCCCGGUCGCAAUUUGGGCGUACUCUCAACUCAGCUCGUCAAUCGGGCUCAGUAGCCUGA